CUCCCUGCAGACUCUGUGGUGCUCGGAGCAGCAGACUGUAGACCGGAGCAGACAGAGGAGCAGACCCGGGCUGACAUGAGCGGAGGAGCGGACCGGUGCGAGAUCCGUGCACGCCUCUCACCGGUCUGCAACUGUGGACGGCUUCAGUCCACUUCAUACUAAAUACACACGGAUUACUGGCUCUUUUUGUGCAGAUAAGUUCACGACAUAAAGCUUUAAAUCAAAAUGAUUUUGAUAUUUGAUCCCACCAUUUCACUAGUGCUGACACUUCAUGUGAUGUCUUCAACUCUGAUUCCCGCGGGGGCCGGGGAGGAGAUACGGGACUGCAAAGAACAGGAGUACAAGGACCGCAUUGGGAACUGUAAACCUUGUAAGCAGUGUGAUGCGGGACAUGAGCUUUCAAAGGAAUGUGGCUUUGGUUAUGGAGAGGAUGCCCAGUGCGUGCCCUGCCGGAGCAGUCGAUUCAAAGAGGAGCGCAGUCUGCAAAAGUGUAAACCCUGCCUGGACUGUGGCCUCAUCAACCGCCUUCAGAAGAACAACUGCUCCAGCACCAGUAACGCUGUGUGUGGGGACUGCCUGCCUGGACAUUACAGAAAAACUAAACUAAGUGGUUUCCAGGACAUGGAGUGCAUCCCCUGUGGUGACCCACCUCCUCCAUAUGAACCUCACUGCAGCGGACGUGUGAACUUGGUGCCCCUGCCUCCCUUGGUGACCAGCCCCAGGGACAUGGCCCUGGCAGCAGUCAUCUGCAGCGCUCUGGCCACUGUCCUGCUGGCUCUGCUCGUACUCUGUGCCAUCUACUGCAAGAGACAGCUGCUGGAGAAGAAACCCAGUGCGGCCUCCCUGCGCUCUCAGGACUGUCCGUACACUGGAGCGGAGCUGUCCUGUCUGGAUCCUCGCUGGCUGCAUGACUUCCACCACAGACCCUGCUGCCAGUGCCACCUAGGCCCCGAGCACAUCUGUGGCCCUGUGCACUUGAUCCCGUCUCUGUGCUGUGAGGAGAGCUGCAGUCUGGGCCACAGCCAAAACACCCCCCUCCAUUCAAGCAGGAGCAUUAUUAGUAUGGAACACACAGAGGAGGAGGAGCCCAUGCAGCUGGAGACCACAGAGGGGUCAGAGGUCACAGCACAGAGACAGAAGGACCAGGGGGAUGGAGCAGAGCACAGUGUGGACCAUGAAGCUGGGACAAGUCCAUUGCAAGAAGGAUGACAAGGACGUCUGCCCGGUGUUCCUUUGAAGCAGAGGCCAGAGCCGUGUCAAAUUCCUCCUGGUCCCCCUCCCCACUCCAGUGUACAAGUUUGCUGCCCUCACAAGACCUCACAGGCCUCUUAUAUACACAGCACACCUGAGGGCACACAUGAGGCCAGACAGGGGCCUGCAGGGGGAUGAAUGAAGUCUGACCAGCAGGGACUUUCUAUGGAUCUUUGCCUGAGAAUGUCUUUGAGCAUCUUCAUUUGUAGAAGAAAAUCAGUGAAUGAGCCGCUGGUGUGAUGAAGCUUUGUGUGUCCAUGUAAACAGGUGUGAAGAAUGACUAUGUUGCACAUUGAAGACAAUCGUGACACUUAAGACGUGGAAUGUUCACUCUAAAUAAAUAUGCUGUAGAUAUUGUAAGAUAGUAUAGGAUAUUGUAAUAUUUUUGUAACAUAGACCUCACAUACAGUGUUACCUUUACUUCUCUAGAGUUAGGUUUGAUGGCUGUGAAAAGUUGUUCGCGUUUAUUCAUGCUACAGAUUUGUAAAUAAACAUGCAAAAUGACUUUUUA